AUGGAGUACAUUACGUUGCAAGAGUCCUGGGUCAACAGACCGUCGAACGCCCUUCCCCAAGCGCACAGAGAAGAGGCAACAGACCCCAUUACCGCAGAUGACGUCCGCGCAUCCUUUCCGUUCAGUAUGGAUUCACCGAUGCAAGGCCGCGACGGCCAGCAGCAGCAGCAGAAGCAGCAGCAGCAACAGCGGUUGCCGCUACAGGUGCGUCUGAUGUUGCAGCUCGCGGACGGCUCCACCCGCGAGUUGGAGGGUAUACCACGCAUGGGGCAGCUCGUACACGUGCUGUGCGAUGUGCUAGGGCCGGAUAGCAGAAACGGACGCGGCAACUGUUCUCUCAGCAUCCCCCCACACACCGUCGUCGUCGAUAUGGAAAGUAACCCAAGCGCUGGCACGGACCUGAGGACAGCAUCUGCCCACCGUAUUUCAUUCUUUUGGAUUGACAUCACUGGCAUGCCGCAGCUGCAUGACAUGGACGUUCUCUUCCAACUGCUUCAUGUCAACUUUCGCACGCAACGGGAGUGGAAGGCGGAGGCUGCCACCGGUUCGGACUCGCUGGAUUCUGAAGAGUUACUCACAAGCACCGAUGAAAGCUUCGUUGAGGACGAUUCGGACGUUUGGUUGGUGCGAAGGGAGGCACACGGCCCGCAGGACCUAGACCAGCUGCAUAUCUUUGUGGAAGAGCAGUACGUGCAGCUGCAGCUUUCCGCCAUUCCCGCCACAUCCACCCGCGUCGGCCUGCCGCAGCAGAAUCCGUCCUCCACGUCUGGCGCCGAAGGCGAGGCGGCGCAACAGCCGGACCGUCUGCACGCGAGCAUCUUCGACGUGAGCGAUGAGGGAGACCUGAGCUGUGUGCGGCUGCUCUGCUUCCGCGACGGCAUCGUCACGUGGCGCCCACGGCCGGAGGUGGAAGGGUGGUCGUACAUCGCCAGUGGUGUGCAGCGCCGCCUCGCCAGCACUUCCUCCACGCAGCGCAUGAUUACGACAUCGCUCCUCCUGCACACGAUCCUGGAGGAGAUCUGCGAAGCGUUCCUGCCGGACCCAACGGUGGUGUUGAAUGAGGUGGAUGCCAUCGACUCCAUGUUGCCCCUCGUGCCCAACCGCGAGUCCGAUCAGGCCGAUGUGCUGCGGCGUGUGUUGCUGCUGCGGCGCAGCCUCUCGACGCACCGCCGGCUGCUGAUGAGCAAGGUCAACCUGCUCGAGCAGCUCGGCCGCCCCGUCAUGCGCACUCUUUUAGCGUUCAUUACGACCGGCCUCGACAACGACAGUGGCGUCUUGCACGGCGCCAACGUCUCCAAGUUCGGCCCGCAUGGGCAACUUUCGGCGCAGCGUUCGCUCUCUUGUGUGGGCAGCGGAGCGGUGACGGCGGCGACGAACUCUAACGGAUACACACACACCUCAAUUGCUAACCGCAUUCUUCAUCUUCUUCGUCAGCUCGACGGCGCCCGCACGAUCCUUUCCAACGCCACAAUCAUCCACACCUCUGGGGUAGCGAUGCGUAACAACAGUAGCAGUAACGAGUCCGACUAUCGCAUGGUUGUGCUGACGUAUGUCCUGUUGAUCGUGCUGCCGCUCACUAUAUUAGCGUCGCAUUGGGGUAUGAACUGCUGGGUGCCGUGGCAGGGCGUUGACUCGACGGUGCCAUUCUGGGGCCUCUCCGGCGUCAUGGCCGCGUACGCCGCGUUGGCUAUUGCGUACCCGCUGUAUUGCUGGGCCACGGGCAGGCCGGAUAAGCUUGUCUUCUAG